CGGGCGGGCGUGGGGAAGACCAGCGGCCGCUGAGCGUGCUGGCAGAGGCGGCGGAGCAGCGGAGGUGGGUGCUGGUCGCCGGGGCUCCAGCCCGGCCCUCGUGGGGACCCCGGUCCCGGGCUGCCCUCGGCCCCGCGCCGACCCCGCCCUCGGGGACCCGUGUUCUCUGGGACCUGCCGCUGCGCUGGACUGGCCCCCGCGGCUCGUGCAAGAGGAAGCCGGACCGCGGCUCGGAUCACUGCCCCCGGGGCGGCUUGUGUCCGUGUCACAGCGAUCCUGGCCACACAGCAGGCCACCCGUGCUGCCGAGGAGGUCCCGGCGGCCCCCGGCCCCCGCCUGGUCCAGCUCCGGGCAGCCCCGGAACAGCAGUGUGGGGGUCUCCCCGCGGCGUCUAUGCGGGCCCUGCGGCGCCGCCGACAUGCAGGACCUGCCGCUGCCAGAGGCAGGGCCUGGCCACGUGCCCCCUCUCAGCGGGUCUCCGCGCGCGGGCACCGAGAGAGGGGGCGAAGCUUCCCUCUGCCCGGCCUCUAGAGACUGCGGGGCCAGCCAGGCGCCCGGGAGGCGGAGAGGUGCCGGGGCGCAGUGCGUGAGGACCCCCUCCAGGACCUCGGGGAGCGGCAGCGGCGUUUCUGGAGUUGUGGCGCGCAAGGGGAGCGCUCCGGACCCGGCGGAGCACAGCAGCGCCUGGGGGGAGUUCGAAGGCUUUCAGGAAUCUUCAGUCAAGGCUCAACACUUCUCCCAAACCUUUGAACUCCUGGACAGACGCGCAGAAUGCGGGCCGCAGAGCGCGGCUUCUGCCCCAAAGGAGAGAGGUCCUGGCCAGCCUCAGCAGGGCGGGCCUUGGGCGGCCCGGACCCGCGGCAUCUCAGCCUCCGAGCUCAUUCUCAGCUAUGAGGACGUUUUCAGGUUUGCUUUUCAGGAAGCACCAGUCCAGCAGGCAACUGAAGGUGUCUCCCCCUUGGGCUGCGUCUUAGAAGUGAGCAGUGAGGGGAAGCCUGGCUGGGAAGCCGCACACGUCCUGUGUUCUGAGUCCAGGAGACUCUGGACAGCUCUUCAGAGCACACACAGUGUGUCCGAUUCUCCAUGGCUC